GUUUUACUGACAACUGUAGUGAACAGUGGUAUGAUGAACUAUACAUUAAACUGGAUAGAGGCAUUGAAACGCACCGACCAAAAUAAAAAAUUUCUAGUCUUUGCCAUUGAUCAAGAGGUUGUAGAUGUACUGACACACAAAGGAUACGAGAAAAAUGUUAUCCUUGUACCGAAAGAAUGGCUAAAAGUUCCUUUAUCGUCAGAUUUUACUCUAUGGAAAAACGAGGAUCAUCGACCCAUAACACAUGCCAAAACCCUUAUUGUUGAACGUCUCUUGUACAUGAAUAUUAUAGUUUGGUUUUCGGAUGUGGAUAUAGUGAUUUUGAGCCCUCAUAUAUUGGAUGCGAUGCUUGUACAAAUUACUGAUAGACCUAACACGCAUAUGCUUUUCAGUCAGGAAGUAGAGCAUCGAACAGUCAAUUCCGGGUUCUAUCUCAUGAAACCUUCCAAAAUUACAAAGCAAUUCAUGGCUAGAAUCAUAGAAGAGCAAGAUGAACCGUCGAAUGAAUUUACACAACAAAAGAUCAUGAACAGAGUCUUGAAGGCCAUGUUCCCUCGAGAUUACGUCAAAAGUCCGUAUCGCUUAAUGGAUUUGCUCUUGUAUCCCAACGGUAAAUACUUCUUUAAAAUGGAUUUACCUACCCGGCUUGGAUUUAAUCCAUUGAUGGUGCAUGCAAAUAAUUCAACUGGCGAUAUAAAAGAAGCAUCUCUUAUUAAGGCCGGUUUGUGGUUUCUU